AUGUAAAUAAUACGUAAUAGGUUCAUGGUGAAUCACAUUCCAAGAUUCGGAUUUAAAUACAUGAGUGACAGCACCUUUCUCAAUGAAGAGCAUCUCUAAAUAUAGAAGGCAGCAUUAGACUUUGCAAAAGAGAAGAUGUUGCCAUAUUCAGCUGAAUGGGAUAAGAAACAUCAUUUUCCUAAGGAUGUCUUACGUGAGUUAGCAGCAAUGGGAUUCUCAACAAUAUAUGUAAAAUAGGAAUCAGGUGGUGUUGGUUUGGAUCGAUUAACAGCAAGUGUAAUCUUUGAGGCUCUAUCAUAUGGAGAUGUAACAACAACAGCAUAUUUAACAAUUCAAAACAUGUGUGCAUACAUGGUGGAUUAAUUUGGUAAUGAAGAAUAGAAAAAGACAUGGAUUCCUCGUUUUGGUACAUUUGAUGCAUUUGCCUCAUACUGUUUAACUGAACCCAAUAGUGGCAGUGAUAGCAAGAACAUGAAGACAUUUGCAAAGAAAGAUGGAAAUGAUUAUGUAAUUAAUGGAUCUAAAUGUUUUAUUUCUGGAGGUUCUGUAAGUGAUGUCUAUUUGGUAAUGUGUAAAACAUCAGAGAAAGAUGUAUCAUGCAUCUUGGUUGAAAAAGGAACUCCAGGAUUGUCAUUUGGUAAACUCGAAGACAAAAUGGGAUGGAAUGCUUCACCUACAGCCAUGGUACUUUUUGAUAAUGUACGUGUUCCUCAAUCCAAUCUUCUUGGAAAAGAAGGUAAUGGAUUUAAAAUGGCAAUGAGUGCAUUGGAUGGAGGCAGAAUUAACAUAGCAUCUUGUUCUCUUGGAGGUGCAUCAUUUGCUUUUGAUUUAACCAAAGAUUAUUUGCAUGAUCGUAAAUAAUUUGGAUAACCACUCGCUGCAUUUUAAGGUUUACAAUUUAAAUUUGCUGAUAUGGCCACCAAUCUUGUUACUUCUAGAUUGAUUGUAAGAUAGGCUGCUCAAAUGAUUGACAACAGUCAUCCUGAUAAAACCUUGUAUUCUGCUAUGGCAAAGAGAUAUGCUACUGACAGUUGUUUCAAUUUGGCCAAUGAAGCCUUGCAACUCCAUGGAGGUUACGGAUAUUUGAGAGAAUAUCAAGUUGAAAGAAUUGUUAGAGAUCUAAGAGUGCAUCAAAUACUGGAAGGUACCAAUGAAAUAAUGAAAGUGAUCAUUUCUAGGAAUCUGUUAAAAUGAUUUAAUAAUACAAACAAUUAUUAAUUAGUUAAUCAAAUUAAUCAA